GACCUUCUGAUGAAAUGAAAUGAUUCAUUUUGAUUAAUUAAAGAUUAGUUUAAAUGAAUGAAUUAUUUUUGAUUGUUAAUUAUUUUUUAACUGGAUAGUUUGAUUAUUUUGAAACUUGAUUAACAAUUGGUUGUCUUUUUAAGUGGAAACAAUUGAUUUAAAUCAUAUAAAAGAUCAAUUAUUUUUUGUCCUUUUCCGUCAACAGAUUUUUGUGCUUUUCUGUGAAUGUGUAUAUGUGUGUAUAUUUUAAAGGAUACCAAGAAUUAACAACAUCAACAACAACGACAACUUCAACAUCUCAUUAGUAUAAUCACGGAGAGAUAAAUUGUUGCUAGUGUAUGUGUGUAUAUACAAUUUUCCACAAUGAGUUGGGGAGUUGAAUUAUGGGAUCAAUAUGAAAAUAUAAGCUGUCAUACUCAUAAGGGUAUUGAAUUUUUGGACAAAUUUGGCUCUUUUGUUAAAGAAAGAUGUGCAAUCGAGACGGAAUAUGCAUCAAAAUUAAGAAGACUAGUUAAAAAUCAUCAAUUUAAGAAAAAAGAUGAAGAAGACCAACAGUUCAGCUAUUUAAAAGCCUUCAUGAUGAUGCUACAGGAAAUCACGGAUCUCGCUGGUCAACAUGAAGUAAUCGCUGAAAACAUGAUGGGUGUUAUAGUUAAACAAAUAGCAUUACUGGUUAAAGAAAUGAAAGAAGAACGUAAAAGGAUAUUAAAUGAGGGACAAAAACACCAGACCACGUUAGCCGGAUCGCUAGCACAGUUGGACAAAGCCAAAAAAUCUUAUGAAAAAGCUUACAGGGAAGCCGAAAAAGCUCAAGAAAAUUUUUUAAGGGUUGAUGCCGACCUAAAUCUUAGCCGAGCUGAAGUUGAGAAAGCAAAACUCAGUUCAACAGCCAAAAGUCAAAUGUGUGAAGAAUCUAAAACUGAAUAUGCCAAAUACCUUCAACUCGCAAAUGAACAUCAAAGGUUACAUUAUAAUGAACUAUUACCUAUGGUUUUUCAAAGAUUCCAAGCAAUGGAGGAACGUCGUAUAGCCUGUAUAAAAGAUUUUAUCAGAGAAACUGCUGUGAUACAGCAAAAAGUUACACCGAUAAUUAAUAAGUGUUUAGAAGGAAUCAUAAUUGCCUCUGAAACAAUUGAUGGACGUAAUGAUUGUGUUUUAGUGAUAGAACGUUAUAAAUCUGGAAUGGAACCUCCGGAUGAUAUACCAUUUGAAGAUCUUAACAAUCCGAGACCAUUAAGUGACAAUAUUUCAAAUCACUCCUCAAAUUAUCAUCAUAUUAGCAUGAGACCUGAAACCAUAAGGCAUGGUAAAGAUACACUGAAUCUUAAAAUAAGAAAAAGAGUUGGAUUAUUCAAUCUUUUCGGAUCCAAUAAGACAUCAAAUGAGGAUAUUAAGGAUGACUACGCUGAGUUACCACCAGUUCAAAGGAGGAAACGAUUAACAGAGAAAAUUGAUUCAAUCAAAUCUCAAAUUGUUCAAGAAACUAAUGUUAGGGAUGGACUGAUGAAGAUGAAACAUGUUUAUGAACAGAAUCACAAUUUCGGUGAUGCUACCACAUUGGAGGAUAAGCUUUCCGAGAGUAGUCAAAAAAUGGAUAAACUACAAAAUGAAUUAAGAAAAUUUGAAGGUUAUUUAAGUGAAUUUAAUCAAAAUGGAACCAGUCGUAUGGCUGAAAGGUCUCCCUCCAAUGUACGUAAACCUAAAGCGAGUAGUAUAUCGGAAGACUCAUUGUCAAGGAGCGCAUCUGAUUCAAGUGUUAGUCAGAAACAGGAAAUUUCACCCAUACACGAUAAUCAUAAUUCAAUGAAUGAUUCAAAUUCAAAUUUAAAUACAUCUUCAAUUAACUCAACUCUUAAUAACAUGGAAAUAACUCGAGACAAUGGUUUAACUUCAGCAGCACCUUCAUCAACACCUACACAUUACAAUAAUCAUAACUCAAAUAAUAAAGAUGCCACAAAUCAUAUUGACACUUACGAAGCCAUUGACAGCUCAUUGUCGGAUAAAAAUGACACAACCGAUAGUGGUAAUAAUGACCAUAACAUUGCUCAAUAUGAUGAGACUGUUUCCUCUAAUGGACCCAAUGAAGAAAUUGAUGGAAACAGCUAUAAUUACCCUGCAGCCGAGUUUAUCGAUGAAGAUGAUGACUUUGAACCUGCUUUACUUCCACCUAUCGGCAGAGCUCAAGCUCUCUAUGGUUUUGAAGCUCAAAGUGAAGGAUCCAUACCUAUGGGCGAAGGUGAAAUAUUUGAAGUUGUUGAACUUGACCAAGGCGAUGGCUGGACACGAGUUCGUCGUAUCAAUGAUCAAGAAGAAGGUUUUGUUCCUACAUCUUACCUGAAAUGUGAUCUGUACAAAUGAUACAAUUAAGGGGGAGUAAAAAUACAAGAAGAGAAAAAGAGAAGAAAAAAAAAAUGAAAAAUUCAUUUCGUUUUUCUGAUUAUCGAGAAGGACAAUUGGAUAGACUAACCAAAUGGACGAAUAACAAGAUUUAUCUCGACAAAGGAAAGAAAAGUGUCGAAAAAAAAAGAGACUAAAACCUAUGUAACCUUGUUUAGACUGUUUAUUUUUCCAACCACAAUUAACCCAAACAAUCAACUGAUUUAGACUUUUCCCUUUACUUUAACUUUACUUCAACUACACACAUACACAGACUCUCUCACAUUAUAAACAAAAUACAAGCUUAAAGUAAAGGUACCUUAGUGGUGAAAUCGGAAAAUCGCAAAGUCAUUGAUUUAAUUUUAAAUUCAUUUUAAUGUUUCAUCUCAUUUAUAAUAAACAUCGAGAGUUACAAACAAAUGACUUAGCAUCAAGUUCAGUUGAUGAAUAUAACUAAAUCAAUGCAAUCAUUCACAGAAAUCUAUUUAUGAUUAAAAUUAUUAUUAUCAAUUGA